UUACAGGUGGCAGCAGUGGAGAAUCUCCCAAAGGAAACUCUUUACAUUUUUCUUUUCAGACGUUUAAAAAAACUGAAUCUACAGUGUCGGCAGAUACAGAUCAUCCUAUGAUAUCAGAAAAGAUGGUUGAUCUCACAGCUGAUGCGGCAGCUGUGGAGUCCAACCUGCACAGUGAGGUCCAGGCUCUUCUCAAAGGGAUGAACAGUCCAAGUGCCUCCCAGAAAGGAUUGUUAAGAUGGACUCUGGAGAAGAAGGUGGAGACCGAUCUAUCCUGCAGCGUUUCCCUGAUCAGCGUGCUCGUCAAAGAGCUGGAGAAGAAGCUAAAGAAGAUCCAUAAAAGAAGAUCCUACACACAGAUCAUUCCAAUGCUGCACACGCUCUACUAUGUGGUUAUUCAGCCAUGUUCCAUGAUUCCCACCAGCCUUUACCAGAGAGUGUACACGUGUUUGACGAAACUGCUGAUAUUACCGUUGCCUUACUCUGCUGUGGCCCUGAGCACUCUGAGGAGCAUCAAGAUGGAAAUGACCACACCAGGCUCUUUGUAUCAGAGGAGGGUCAUUGCAGAGCAGAACUUGAAGAAUAAGUAUUUCACCUUGCAGGAGAAAGUGUUCGUGCUUGCAGACCCAGCUGUGUUUUCUGCUCCGCUGGAAGCGACAGUAAGAGCUUAUUUGGAGGUAUCCGACUUGUUCAGGGACACACCAACCAUGAAGAAAAAUCUGAUAAUAUAUGUGCUGCAGACGGGGCUGGGGACAGCAUGCCAAAGCUCCAGACUGUCUCAGGCUCUGGAGGUUUUAGGAGACCAAAUGGUGGAGAAAUAUUUCGAGACAGUGGUUCUUGCCGUGGAGCAAAGUAUAAAGAACAACACAGAUGGUUGUGCAGCAUAUUUGAACAGACUACAGCACAUACACAGAGACAUCCUGACGGCUGCUAAAGACGAAAUAACCCAGAAAGAUCAUGGCUCUGUGUUCAGCAUGGCAAGGUCCUUUCCAGAGAUCAAAUUCCUCCUGUGGCAAGAUGAAGACGAUCUAUGGAAUCUGCUGGCAAACUUCACCCUGAGGUCCUGCUCGAACUCUAGUGUUGAUGAAGAGGAGAAGAGCAAAAGAGACUCUGUCCGGUCUGAGGACAGUGGGAUAGAGAGAGAUCUGAAGGGCAGUGACUUUGAUGACACGGAGCAGCCUCUGGUCAGAAAUCGUGCUCCCGCGUUCACACGGAGAAAUGCCUUUAAGAACACGAAUUCAACAGAUAAACUGAAUCUAAUGAGGGAGAAGAUCGAAGCGUUUCCUGGAAGCUCUCCUGUCCUCAAAGAAGACAGGAGGUGUCACACGGCACGGGUGGUGGUAAUGGGGGACAAUCGUGUGCUGGGAAGGCUUACCAGGGCUUAUCACUCUAUUCGAGACAGAGAGUCAAGACGUCUUAUUUUGACCAAGAAACUGAACCUACAGUUGUACUACAUCCCAGUCACGGAGGUGGAGCCUUCGCUCAGUUCACCUGACAGCCAAUGUCAGGACGAGGGCAGAUUGUCUCUCGCCUUCUUUUUGGGAAGAGUGGAUCCAUGGUACAACGGCAACAUCAACAGUCUGAGAGCUCCAAUCUCCAAACAGGCUGCAAAGCACUCCAAUCACAGCGAGCCAUCAGAGCAACACCACUUCCUACUGGACACCCUGUGUUACUACCUGCGCUGUGGGACGCAGCCAGUUAACCUACCAGUCUAUUCUGUGAAGAUGACCCGCUCCAGCUGUGAUGGGACUUCUGUGGUGGAGGAGGUCUUUGUGUCCCAUCUGGAGGCAGACAUCCCAGAGUUCAGGCACCUUAGAGAAAGAUUUUCAAGGAGACCUUCUGCAUGCAGAAAGAAGCCAACAGUGGAAGUGUUUGGGGCGGUCGUCACAGUCAGUUAUACAAAGACCUCUUUAAGCAAACGAGAAGUUGUAAAGGGAGAAGCACCCAUGACGUUCGGCGUGGUGAUUACAUCAGAGCCGGCAGCUGUAACAGCAGGUGAGGAUUACCUCACUGUCAGCUUUAACAGUGUGAACCCAGAAUACAACAAAAAAAUCCAAACCCAAAACCUCAGCCUCAGGACAAUGGAGCAUCGAACGCUCUCUGUCUGUCUGGACAAGGACUCUCGCAGGACAUUCACUGAUGUCCAAAGUAUAGAAGUUUCUCCGUGCUCGGACCCAGGAUGCAGAAUCCGCUCCAGGUCCAGCUUCAGUAACGAUCAAGAGCUGCCUCUGAGCAAGUAUCUGAACAAAGUCCUGUCACUGCCAAUCAACACCUUCACUGGUGUGACCCUCUGAGGGACGUGAGCUGUCUAUUUCAUGUGUACAGACGAUGUAUUAUAAUAUAAUACAUCUAUAUAAUACAAUAUAAUACAAUAUAAUAUUCUAUCAGCACUUAAUUAUGUGUUACAUGGUGUUCAGUGUUACAUGCUGUAGUGUUGAAGUGAAAAUAAUGGGAUUGUUAAUGUAAUGUUAAGCCUUUAGGAUCCUCUUAUUUUGGCAUCACAUGCCUGUUUCUGUGUAGCUUGAUUCCAGCUAGCAGUGCUCAGAUCCUUCUCACAUUCUGUUGAUAAUCUUUAAACUAAAAUACUUACAUACUGCACCUUUAAGCAUGUGUUUGUACCCUUAUUAUGAAGUGUUCACAGCCUAUUAUAGUUAGACAUUCUUCUUGUUGUGGUGUUCUCUAAGAUGUUCAGUUUAUAAUAGUGGCCAGUUUAUUAAAAAUUCUGUUUGCACUGAGGGGACGAAUAGAAGCAUCCAAACCAUGAAGAGGAUGGAGCAUGGACUCUACUUAAAUUUGAA